AUGCCCAAGAGAAAUUACGAUCCAGAUUAUUUAAAAUACGGUUUCAUCACGAUCGAACACAAAGGAGAAGUUCUACCGCAAUGCGUGGUCUGCAUGAAGACCCUUUCCAACGCGUCCAUGAAACCCAGCCUGCUUCCACGUCAUCUUAGAACGAGCCACGCUGAUAGGAAGAAUCGAGAUCAGAGCUACUUCCGGCGACUUGCGGAGCAAAUGAAGCGGCAGCGUUUGGACAGAACUGGCUUAUUCCACCAGAAGGGGACAGAGAUUGUCAAAGCGUCGUAUGAAGUCGCUUUCUUGGUGGCUAAAAGCAUGACAGCUUAUACCAUUGCAGAGUCUCUCAUAAUGCCGGCGGCAAAGAUUUUGGUCAGACGUGUGAUGGGAGAGGAGUCCGUGGCAAAGUUGGACAGUGUGUCCCUCUCUAACAAUACUGUAAAGCGCCGUAUCGAGGAGAUAUCAGUUGGCAUAGCCGAUCAAGUUACUGCGGGAGUAAGAGCUUCAAAAUUUGGGUUUGCAAUACAGGUCGACGAAUCUACAGAUGUUUCGAACUGCAGUCAACUGCAGUAAUCGGAUGCACGACAGAUGGGGCUCCGUCCAUGCUUGGUCGAAAGUCUGGGUUUCAAGCCCAUGUGAAAGCCGUAUCACCAAACGUCACCGGUGUACACUGUUUUAUACACAGAUUCGCCCUUAGCGCCAAGAUACUUCCACCGAAGUUGUUAUCGUGCUUGAACCGAAUUAUUAAAAUUGUAAAUUUUGUUAAAGCGUCAGCUCUAAAUAGUCGCCUGUUUAAGCUGAUCUGUGAAGAUCUCGGUUCCGAUCACACUUGUCUUCUCUAUCACACAGAAGUGCGCUGGCUCUCCAGGGGAAAUACAACAAAACGUCUUUUUCAAUUGAGGAAUGAACUACUCGUGUUUUUACGGGAGAAAGAUCACAAGUUUCAGAAAUAUCUGGAGGAUGAGGGAUUUGUCAUAAGAUUGGCUUACUUGGCAGACAUUUUUGAAACCAUCAACCGUUUAAAUUUGUCA